AUGUCAGAAGCAAGAUCUUUAAGAGGGUUUAGAAAAUCCAUUGAUGGAACUCCAAGAAGACGCUUGAGAUCUGCUGGUGGACCAGGUGCUGGUAAUGGGGAUUCCAGUGUUCCAGGGUAUGCACAACCUACUAUUUCAUCUUCAUACCGUAUGACAAAUGAUAAUACUGGUAAAAUUCUGACUUUAAAAGCUGGUGCUUCCAAAUCAAGACCCACAACAAAAUCAAAUAUUAGAACAAGUUCAAAACCUCCUACUGCAGUUAGUCAAAAUAGAGCUGGUCAAACUUUAACUGGGUUAUUUCAAAAUGGUAACAGUAACCAAGGUACACCAAAAUCAAAAUCUUCUGUUACAUCCCUUAAUAAGAAUAGAUCAUCAUUUUCUAGUCCAACAAAGAACAGUGAUAAUCCAUAUUUAAAUAAAGAAAAUGAUUAUGAUGAUAAUAGUGAUAUCCAAUAUGGAACAUUGAAUUUGAAAAAGAAUGUUAAGACUGGAAGUUAUAGAUCCCCUUCAUUAGCUAGAAAAGUUCAAUCUGAAAAAUUAGAUGGAUCAUUUUUUGAUAUAAAUUCCAAGGUUGCCAAUGAUGAUGAUGAAGAAUUCACAAAAUUGAUUCAAGAGACUGAAAAUUUAAUUUUUGAUCAUGAUAAUCCAAAAACUGAAUUGAGUCGCGUCUUCGAUAAAUAUGAACUUUUAGGUAUUACAAACGGUAGAGAAUAUAUUCCAGUGAACGAAUGGGAAAGUCUUGUUGAAUAUCAUAGUAUUGUUAUUGAUAACUAUCAAAAGAAAUUGUCAAAAGAUUCCCAAUUAGUAUUCAAAAUAUUAGAGUUGAACAGAAGAGCUGCAUUAGAAUCUGAUAAAUACAAGAAGCAAUUGAAAACAGCUGAACAAGAGAUUGAAAUUCUUAGAUCAACUUUAAACCUUGUUUAUAAAGAAAAUUUAAAGUAUGAACAACAGGAAUCAAUUAACGUCAAAUCAAUCAAUAAUGAUGAUAUCACUCCACUAUCAGGAAACCUUUUCAAUUAUAUGAACUUGGAAUUAAAUAAGGAACAAGAAUAUAAAUCACUGUUUAACAGUCCAUCAGUAUUAAACUCUUUAGCCAAUGAUGUUUCAAACAAUGUCAAAUCUUCAACCCUGAAUGACGGUCAUAAUAUCAACAAAAAUUCUGAUGAUUUAAAUGAAACAGACGCGGAUGUGAAUGAUUUAAGUUCAAAUACAAGUGAAGUUUUACCACCAGUUCCUAAUGAAUAUGUCAGUAAUUCAGCAUUGAACAGAGUUCAAAAUUAUUUUAGUUCAAUAAUGUCCCCAUCACCUUUACCUUCAUCCGUCUCACCAUCAAACCCAACCAGUUCCAAGAUUUAUGAUGAUAUAUAUCAAGUUUUAGCACGUCCACAAUGA